AUGUUAGCCCGAAGGCGUGUCCCCACGAUGUUAUCACCCGCCUGUAAUUACACACCAUACACUAAAUUUUACAAAAGACUCUUAUCUGAUGACUAUAGUUUACCGUUGCUUGUAGCUGAAGAGGUUUACCCAACAACACGCAUCUUGUCACCAGCGCCACUGACUGCAGAAAAGUGCGAUCAGCCGCACGCUCCCACUCAUUUGCCAUCACAUGAAGAGAUAGAAAUGGAGAAGCACUCAUCACCACCACCCUCAUCAAGUCCACUAAGGGUGGAAAACAACCCGAUGCCCGGAGCUUCUCACGAUCACAAUCGUAAUCGAGAAGCACUGACAGAUAAGCUACGACGACCAAAGCAACGGACACCUUCUCCAAUUAAAAAUUGGGAAGACUCUCUAGCAGAUAUAACAAUUUUUUACUUUGAAAGUACUUUUACUGAGGUUACCAAUUUGAACUUGGCCCAAAUGCUU